AUGUCUGCAAACUUGAACCCGUUCAUGAAUAAUACACCUUCUUCCUCUCCACUUAAGGGUUCUGAAAGUAAGCGGGUUUCGAAACGGCCAAUAUCCAGCUCUUCAUCUGCUUCAGUAUUAUCCUCCCCUUCCAGACGGUCGAGACCAUCCACAGUAUAUGGUGAUAGAUAUAUUCCGAACCGAACGGACAUAGAUUUGAAUUCCAUCGUCUCGAUCAGUAGUAUAGCAAGCGUUCCAGCACUUAAUCCGUCGAGCACAGAAGAUCAGGUCGAGUACCAAAAGGAAAGGCAAGCACAUGAGACGUACAAUACCUUACUGAAGAAUGAACUUUUUGGCGAAAUGCUCAGUAAAGAUACAGUAGGUCCGGAAAGUAGUAUAGAUCGUAUUAAGAAUACAAGACCAUCUACUGGGGGCAUCGUACAUACGGAAAAUUCAAAUAGUUAUGAUCAUGAACUGGAGCGAGUAUCGACUCCGCCUCCUGAGGGGGCUAGUCUGGAAGAUUUUUCCCCACAAUCUACACCGGUAACACCUCGACGUCUUUUCACAUCACAGCAAGAUGAGGUCACGAGGCCUUCAAGCAAUUCAGUCAGAGGUGCUAGUCUGUUGACCUAUCAACAACGCAAAGGCAGGAAACUAUCUGCAGCCUCCUUGCUACAAUCACAGUUUUUUGAUUCGAUGUCGCCAGUUAGGCCAGAUUCUAAGCAGUUGUUAUUAUCACCGGGGAAGCAAUUUCGGCAAAUAGCGAAGGUCCCUUAUCGAGUUUUAGAUGCUCCAUCAUUGGCGGACGAUUUCUACUAUAGUUUGAUAGACUGGUCAAGCACUGAUGUUUUGGCUGUUGCCCUUGGGAAAUCGAUUUUCUUAACAGACAAUAAUACGGGAGAUGUUGUGCACUUAUGUGACACGGAAAACGAGUAUACAAGUUUAAGCUGGAUUGGAGCGGGCUCUCAUCUAGCGGUAGGCCAAGAAAAUGGGCUUGUAGAAAUUUAUGAUGUGAUAAAAAGAAAAUGUAUUAGAACAUUGUCAGGACAUGUCGACAGAGUAGCGUGUUUAUCUUGGAACAAUCAUGUUUUGACAUCUGGAAGUAGGGAUCACCGAAUACUACAUAGAGAUGUGAGGAUGCCAGAUCCCUUUUUCGAAACUAUAGAAUCGCACACUCAGGAAGUCUGCGGCCUAAAGUGGAACGUGGCAGAUAAUAAACUUGCAUCAGGUGGUAACGAUAACAUGGUCCAUGUUUACGAGGGAACCUCCAAAUCUCCAAUUUUGACGUUCGAUGAGCAUAAGGCAGCUGUCAAGGCUAUGGCUUGGUCUCCUCAUAAAAGAGGCAUAUUGGCUACUGGCGGUGGUACAGCAGAUAGAAAAUUAAAAAUUUGGAAUGUUAACACUUCUACAAAGAUGAGCGAUAUAGACAGUGGCUCUCAAAUAUGUAAUAUGGUAUGGUCAAAAAAUACUAACGAGCUUGUUACAUCUCAUGGUUACUCAAAAUACAAUCUAACUUUAUGGGAUUGCAGUUCCAUGGAUCCAAUUGCAAUUUUAAAGGGGCAUAGUUUCAGAAUACUCCAUUUGACAUUAUCCAAUGACGGGACUACGGUUGUCUCUGGGGCAGGAGAUGAAACGUUACGAUAUUGGAAGCUUUUUGAUAAACCGAAGGCAAAAGUUCAGCCAAAUUCGUUAAUAUUCGAUGCAUUCAAUCAGAUCCGCUAA